AUAAAACAAACUUCCUCAAUAUGCAAAGGGCCAUGUUUGCUGCACAUGCGCAAAUAGUUCCUCCCUCUUGGGUUUCUUCGAUUGUUAAGACCAAAGUAGUUCUCCUCAACGAAGUCGUAAUUUUCACACGAAACAAGCUUCUUAAAUUAAAAUACAAUGGCACCACCACCAACAUACAGUGAUUUGGGAAAAGACGCACGAAAUGUUUUCGGCAAUGGUUAUCAUUUUGGUCUUUUAAAAUUGAAUGUAAAAACUAAAACUGAUACAGGUGUUGAAUUCACCACUGGCGGUGUAUCAAAUCAAGACACUGGCAAAGUUGUUGGUAAUUUUGAGAGUAAAUAUAAAAUGAAAGAAUAUGGAAUUACAUUUGCUGAAAAAUGGAAUACUGACAAUACUCUCGGUACUGAUGUUACCAUUGCUGAUCAACUUUUGAAAGGAUUACAACUUACUUAUAGUUGUACAUUCUCACCGCAAACUGGAGGCAAAACUGGACAAUUGAAGACAGUUUAUAAAAAUGAAAAUGCAGCAAUUACCUCUGAUAUGGAUAUCAGUCUUUCAAGUGGUCCUAUCGUUAAUGGAUCAUUUGUUGUUGGAUUCCAAGGUUGGCUAUGCGGUUAUCAAACAUGUUUUGACACUCAAAGGAGCAAAAUGACUAAGAAUAAUCUUGCACUUGGAUUUACUGGUCCUGAUUUUGCAAUUCACACUUCCGUGAGUAAUGGUCGCGAAUUUGGAGGAUCAAUUUAUCACAAAGUGAAACCAGGAUUAGAGGGAGCAAUUAAUUUGGCCUGGAAUUCCAGUAAUAAUGUCACUGAAUUUGGACUUGGUACUAAAUACGAUCUCGAUCAAGAUGCCUCUGUCAGAGCCAAGGUCAAUUCACAACUUCAAAUUGGAUUGGGAUAUCAACAGAAGCUCCGUGAAGGUGUUAUACUUGCUUUGUCAACGAACAUUGACGGCAAAAACUUUGGAUCCGGUGGACAUAAAGUUGGUUUAUCAUUGGAGCUCAAUGCCUAAAUUUUAAUAUUUUUGAGAGGAAUGAAAAUUCAAACCCCUCUGUUAUUAAUUUCAUAAAACACUUGUGUCGUAAAGAGACAGAUUCACCAGAAGCUUCAGAGAAAAAAAAUCGCCUGUUAACGUGUAAUUUUAGAUAUAUAGAAUUUCACGCAUCGAUUUUAGCUCAAUUAUAAAAAAAAAAAAAAAAAUAAUAAUAAAAGCAGUUGAGUUUUAUCGAAUUACAACAGAAUGAAUGUCGAUCUUGAAUUAUUAUGACGAAUUUCUUCUUAAAAACUUAUUACUACGAUAAUUAAUUAAUCGAGUGACAGAAGAAAUGAUUAUUCCAUUCAAAGAUAAAAAAAGACGAUUGAGAUAAUUAUUAAUGUCGAGACGAUAAAGAAAAAAAAUUCCGAGAGGGGAAAAAAAUAGAAAUAGAGUAAUAAGAAAAAAAAUGUGUUUAGGACGAAUAAAAUGUUCAAUGUAUAACAAAUAAUCGAAAUUUCGUUUAAUACACAAUUUUUUUCCAUGUAGUUCUGUAAAUAGAUGAUAAAAACUACAAAGAAAAUUA